UAGCACAUGAUGUCGGUGUCACGUGGUUUAUCUUGAUUUAAACGGGGAACCGAAAACAAGGUGACACAGUUACCUGACCUGUCUGGACAACGGCAGUGGUCUGAAACAACUUUGUCAUUCCCAAUCUAGCUAAUUACAGGAAGGAUGUUGCGUUUGGCGUUCCUGUGCCUGGUGUCCAGCCUGUCAAUCAGCUGGGCCAGACCCCGUCUCUCUCCCCUCUCAAACGACAUGGUCAACUACAUCAACAAGAUGAACACUACCUGGAAGGCAGGACAUAACUUCCAUAACGUGGACUACAGCUAUGUGAAGAGGCUGUGUGGAACUCUGCUGAAAGGCCCCAAACUGCCUGUCAUGGUGCAGUAUUCUGGUAGUGUGAAAGUGCCAAAGAGUUUUGACCCUAGAGAGCAGUGGCCAAACUGCCCUACUCUAAAGGAGGUCAGGGACCAGGGAUCCUGUGGUUCCUGCUGGGCCUUUGGUGCAGCAGAGGCCAUCUCAGACCGCCUAUGUAUCCAUAGCAACGCCAAGGUCAGCGUGGAGAUCUCUUCAGAGGACCUGCUCAGCUGCUGCUACGACUGUGGCAUGGGGUGCAAUGGUGGAUACCCGUCAGCUGCCUGGGACUUCUGGACAACAGAGGGGCUGGUGUCCGGAGGGCUGUAUGACUCUCACAUGGGGUGCAGGCCCUACUCGAUCGCCCCCUGUGAGCACCAUGUGAACGGCACCAGGCCACCGUGCACCGGGGAAGAAGGGGACACUCCCAAGUGUUCCAAAGCAUGCGAGGCCGGGUACACGCCCACCUACAAGAAGGACAAGCACUUCGGUAAGCGUGCGUACAGCGUGCCCCCAGACGAGCAGGAGAUCAUGGCAGAGCUCUUCCAGAAUGGCCCUGCGGAGGCAGCUUUCACCGUCUACGAAGACUUUGUCAGCUACAAGUCUGGAGUGUACCAGCACGUGUCGGGCUCUGCUCUGGGAGGACAUGCCAUCAAGAUCCUGGGCUGGGGAGAGGAAGACGGGACACCUUACUGGCUGGCCACCAACUCCUGGAACACAGACUGGGGGGAUAAUGGUUUCUUCAAAAUCCUGCGUGGGGAGAACCAUUGUGGCAUUGAGUCUGAGGUCGUGGCUGGCAUCCCUCAGUAAACGGCAGAUGCCCAGUCCACUAGGGGGAGCUGUGCUCAUCUUUUUUGCUCUGCCUGGACCUUUAGUGGCCAUGACUAGCAUUGGGGGUCCAAGCCACUAAGUUGUGAUUCACUUUUUAAAUGGACGACAGAACAAAUGAUUGCUGCUGAGUUUUAGUUGGUCAUGACUUGUGAUCUUUUCCCUCAGGUGACUGAUCAGGUGUGGUUCAGUAGUCCCCUUCUGGCUUAGCUCGUCCAGUCACCUGACUGCAGAAUGGAAGCUGACGUGCUCCAUGACAGUUUUAGACUCCCCCCCCCCCCCCUCUGGGUUUUUUCCAGUUUCUUUUAAAUUGGAGGUAAUUUUGGACCGUUAAUCAGUGGUGUGACUUUGGCGGUAGACUAUCUGGUUUCCUGAGUUUUAAAAUGUUUUUGCACAUUAGAGCCAGCUGUACAGAGGUCACUAGCUGGGCUUAAAGAUCUCUCUUUCUCUCCCUGUUAGCGAGUCUAUAUCCAGAUCAUGGUUGAAUUGAAUUUUUAUUCAUUAAGUGAAGUUUGGCCAGUGGAAGUGGAUAGUCAACCUUUUUAUCUUUUUAAAUUCUUGUGUGUGAUCACCAAUUUUGUACUUUUUUUUUUUUCUUUUUUUUACUGCUUUUUUUCUGCUCUGUCCUGAUCAGCGUGAGUUUCAAUGUGAUUGUAUCAGAGCUGUCCAACUUAAUAAAAGCAAACCAACAGAUUA